GUGUCAAGGAAUUGUGACACCGUAUUAUUGACUGACUAAAGAUCAACUUGCAUGGUGGAAAUCCAUCACAAUUCUUCAACUUUUAUUUUUUGAAAGCGCAGUAAACAAUGUCGCCCUACAACUUUGGUCGAGUGUUAUUUCUACGUGUCUACGUUCUGUGUUUUUGCCUGCCUUUAAGACAAGUUUCGGGAUCAAAUGACACAGUUGGAAAUCAUUUUGAAGAACAUCAACGACUAUUGGAAUUGCUCAUGAAUAAUUCAAAUGUCAACCGGCAAAUUCUCCCUGCUUCUCAUAACAAUAAACCCGUGAAUGUUGAAAUGGGAAUUAAAUUGCGUCAAAUAGCAAAUGUGGACGAGAAGAAUCAAGUAAUGCGGCUGAUCCUCUGGCUCACCUUUCAUUGGCUUAAUCCACACUUAAAGUGGAAUCCUGCAGAGUAUGGCGGAAUCAACAGUGUUCAUGUUGACCAUGAUCUUUUUUGGUUCCCUGACGUCGCAGUGUUUAAUGAGGCAGGUUUUGAAAGUGAAAAUGUAAUUCUCCACCAUCGUUUACGGACAAAAAUGGUCAUCACUAAGGAUGGAUAUUGUACGUGGCAGGCUCCAGUAACAUUAAACAGUUAUUGCACUUUAGAUCUCACAGACUUUCCUUUUGACGAACAAGAAUGUCCCGUUCAAAUUGGUUCGUGGACGCAUCCGGGAGAAGAAAUCAACAUGACAUACUCCGACCGAAAUGCAGAUUUGAGCCAUUACAUCAGAAGCGGGGAAUGGAUUCUACAAAGCGCUACCUUGAGUCAAGAUUUCGGAUACUAUAAACCUGAAAUUUCACCUCAUCCCCAUAUUACCUUGUCCUUGAAGAUUGAACGUCGUCAAGAUUACUACAAAUACCAAAUAAUUAUUCCUUUGGCAUUGAUUACAAUUUUAGUUACUUAUAGUUUUAUUUUGCCCUUGAAUAUUCAAGACCAGAUUAGUAUAGUUCUAACAAUUGUGGUUUCUAUUUCUGUAUACAGUGUAAUCAUAUCAUCUGCGUUACCAAAAACUGCAGAUCCUAUUCCUGCUCUUCUAAAAUUUUCCUUUCAGAUGCUUAUCUUAACCGUGGUUAGUUCCAUUCACAUAUUUUUAACCUCCCCACUCGUGACAAAAAUCUCCAAUUUUCCGAAGUGGUUAUUUAAGAUCGAGUCUGAAGAUGAUUCGGAAAAUGCACACCCAAAAGUAGCAACAUGUGUUCGUAUAUUUUCCUUCCUUAUAUUUUUGUCAAUUUUCAUAAGUUUCCUUGUUUGUUUGCUGGAAAAGAAAAGAUGUGCAUACUAAUGAAUAACGGUAAAAAAUAUAUGUAAACAUAUUAAAUAAUACGUAUCUUAUAUACAUGUCGUUUGGUUUACGAAAUGCUAGAAAGUGCUAAAUACUAAAUAUCGAUCGAUAGAACAAAUAUGGAAGUAUUGCUUCCAAAAAAAUCGUGAUUCUUAUUUUUGUACACAUUUUAGUAUUUAAUUAUAAAAGUAAAGAUAUGCAACAGAGCUGAGCAAAUAUUUAUGGAAACUUCAAGAGUCAAAGGUCAAUUAUGUGAUAAGCUAGCGUAUUAUGAAACACUGUAGUGAUUGUACUCACGAAAAAUUAAUUACAAUCUACCAGCCUGAACUUUAUGCCCUAAAUUGAAUAAGCCAAGUUUUUUCAAAAGACAGACAUAGAAAUAAAUUUCUCCUAAGUGAAGUAACCUAAUAUAAUAUGUAUAUGCAUAUCUGCAAUUCGUUUUGCGUCAAACAUGUAAAAAGUAUAUAUAAUAUAUAACCAUGACAAUUAUACAGGGUGUAUCAAAACAAUUGUGCCUAAAAACAUUGCAGCGGCAUCGCAAAAGUGU